UGGCCAUUUUUGGUCAUGGUUAGUCAGUCAUAGUAUAGAAGUCAUUUUCGAGUCACAUACUGUAAAUGUUGACUUCUGUGUUGACUUGAGGCGUGAUUAUUCGAUUCCCUCUGCUUGUUAACUAUAAAAUAAAGCAGACAAAAGAUCUGUUGGUGGUUGGUGUACCAAAUGGUGUUGCAUAAUGGAGGGAAUUCCAACUACACAAUAUUGCAUGAGCUAUUUUAAAGUUGUCCUUAAAUGUAUAUGGAAUUUGAACAAGAUUUACGCUGAAGUUCAACUUUUGCCUAAAUAUUUAGUUAUCAAUGUUAUACUGAACGUUUGAGUUAAAUAUACGUUUGUUAUCCCUGGUUAUUUGAUUGAACUUCAAUCUGUGAAGUUGAUUGCGAAACACACUUUGACCUGGUGUGUAGUAAAAGAACUAUCAUUUCUUAUCAUGAACAGCCAAGCUAUCCAGCUGUAUGCACUUUUUUGUGCUAUUUUCUUUGUCACUGAGAUUUUGUGCGAGGCCAAAGUAUUGACUUUUUUGGACUUAACUGAACAAAAUUUGCUGGAAGUUGUCAGCAAAUGCAUCCCGUGUCUGCUGCUGUUCAUCUGGUUUCGGAAAAAUGGGAAACGUUUAGAAAAACUGGGAGAUGACGAAACUGUUCAGAGAAAUAAAUGCAUCACAAUGGGUUUCCUAUUCUCAGCAAUUGGAGACGCUGCUAUGGUGUACUGCGACGAAGGAGGACUCCCCCUCGGCAUGUUGACCUUCGGCAUUGCCCACUUGUUCUACAUCAAAGCAUUUGGAUUUGCACAUACCAAUAGGCGAACUGGGAUGCUUCUUUACUCCACUUCAAUAUUCAUGGCCUUGUCAAUGUUCGCUUUUGAGUUCUUCUAUGUCGGCAAAAUUCAAGGCGUCAAACUUAUAAUUUCAAUUGUGGGCGUCAAUUUAUACAGCGCUCUCCUGUAUACUACACUCUGGAGGUCGCUUGACAUUCAAGACUCUUCAAGAAACUCUAAGCAGUUGAUGUGUCCUUUUAACGUCAGAGCAUCCGGACUGCUGGCAUUUGUGGUUUCAGACAAUAUAAUAGCACUAAAUCUGUUCGCAUACACAAUUCCCCUGGCUUGGGUGCCUAUCAUGGUUUUAUACUACGCUGCUCAAGGUGCUAUUGCUUGGGCGGAAGGUCAGACUUUGAUGGUCGAUUUGGACACCAAGUCACAUUAGACAGCCAAUUAACAAUUCUUUUAGUAUGCAUUAUGUAGUUGUGUAUAAGUGGAACAAUUGAACACUUAGAUAAAUUUCACUGGUAAUUUAAUCUCAA